AUGACCACAAAGAUGAAAGGCCUGCUCAAGGGCCUUAGAUACAUAUCCCAGAUUUUUGAUGAAGAUAAAGAACCAGAUAUGCAAAUUGGUUUCCCCACAGAUGUAAAGCACGUUGCUCAUAUUGGGUGGGAUGGGCCAUCAGUUGAUUCACCUAGCUGGAUGAAAGAAUUUAAAUCACCAACCGGAUUUCAAUCAGCACCUUUAGCUAUUCCUGGAGACCCCAAAGAGAACCCGGAAAUUAAAUGGGUUUCUGAAGAUGGAAAGAAUGCCCGAGGUAAAAGCUCUUCAGCCAAAGACCAAUCUGAAGCGCCAAGAUCAUCAUCUCGACGCCAAUCAUCAACAGAAAAUUCAUCUGACUCCCCAAAGAAAGAAAAAUCCAGGCACUCAAGAAAGCAUCACUCAAAGGACUCAUCUGACAGUGUUAAAAACCGGCAGACCCAGGAUUCAGGCCUUGGUUCUGAGUCUCCCUCAAACCUUCCAGACAUCCCAAAAAAAUCAAGAAGAAAGAAGUCAAAGGAAUCUAUCAGCGGCGGAUCCUCUGGUUCCGUAAGAUCAAGAAACAGGGGCAACACUUCUGGCACAUGUACAUCUCCUGUUUCGGAUGCUGGGAAUAACUCGGAGGCUAUGAACUCAAGAAAAGAUGAGCUUUCUCAAACCUCAAAUUUGAAACCUCGUAUAGAAGAGGGAGAGAAGGAAAGUAGUGGCAUAUUUUAGACAAUUGGAAUAAUGAAUAUUCUUUUUUGUCCCUUUUUGGUUUAAGAUUUGGUAGCUAGAGAGUUGCUCAAUUUAAACAAAA